AUGCAGCCAAUUAUAGCUGCUGGUGAGGUGAUAGACCCUGAGGCCACGCCCGAGUGGAUGAGGCAGGAGGAAGAGAUGGAUGAGGAGCCUGAAGUACUAGCGGAGGACCCCGAGCCUAUGGAUAAGGAGGAGGAUGACGAACCCAACGCCAUGGAGCAGGACAUAGAGGAGGACGGAGAGGUUGCAGAGCUGGGAUCAGACGAGGAGGGGUUCAAGAUGUACCUGGACCCGGAAUUGGAGCUGGACUCCGAGGACGAGCGAGCUCAGGCCAUGGAUUCGGAGGAGUCGGGGACUAGCGAGGAUGCCUCCGAGGAGCUGUCAGAUGAUUCUACUGAGUCGUCUGAUCCUGACUGGGAGCCAUAG